AUGAACAGAGUGUGGCGAGUUCUCCUGCUCGAUAUUGUUCGAUAUAGACUUUCUUUACUUCGAAAAAGAUUGGAAAAAACAUCUGGAGUUAAUUAUUAUCUUUAUGUAACUAAUAAUGAAACAUCAAGAAAAAAUAAGAUCAAAUUUUUCACAAAAAUAUAUAGAGGUAUCGCUGACAUAGCUGACUUAAUAAGUCCUGAAAUUCACGCGUCUAUGUUCGUUAACAUCGUUUGCGCCCUUCCGAAAUUAAUUUUCAACUGGUAUCAUAUUUUAUUGGUUGUUAAAGGAAGAGAGGCAAUGGAAUCGAUUGGAUUUUCGGUUAUGGACAUAAUUCAAAUAUCUUUUCUUCUGUUUUCGCCUUGUAUUGCCGUUGAACUACAAUUGGUAGAAGUUGAAAAUCUUAGAACUACUUUGAUUCAUCUUCUGAUAGAGGAAACAGAUAUGAAUAGAGUGUGGCGAUUUCUUUUGCUCGAUAUUGUUAGACAUAGACUUUCUCUACUUCGUAAAAGAGUGGAAGAAUCAUCUGGAGUUAAUUAUUACCUUUAUGCAACUAAUAAUAAGACAUUGAAAGAAGAUAAGAUUAUUUUUUUUACGAAUUUGUAUAGGAAUAUCGUCGACAUAGCUGAUUUAAUAAGUCCAGAAAUUCAUGCGUCUAUGUUCAUUAGCAUCGUAUGUACUUUGCCGAAAAUAAUUUACAAUAUUUAUCACAUUUUAUUGGUCGUUGAAGAACGAGAACCCAUGGAAUCAAUUGGAUUUCUACUUAUGCACAUAAUUCAAGUAUCUUUUCUCUUGUGUUCGCCUUGCAUUGUCGUUGAACUACUUCUGAUGGAAAUUGAAAAACUUCGAACUACUUUGAUUCAUCUUCUAAUGGAUGAAACAGAUGCAAAGACACGAGAAGACAUACAAGUAUUUCUUACAUACACAAGCAUACGGACAUUUCAAAGCAAGAUAUGGCGAUGUAUACCGUUGAACAUAUCUCUACUAGUCGAAAUUGCUAAUAUCUGCUCCUCUUCGAUUAUUGUUGUUAUAAACUUCACACACUUAUAUGAUUAAAAUUAAAUACAUAAUAAUAA